AUGCAAGAAGAUAUCCGCGGCAAAGAACAUGGGCUCAGCUCGCUUUCGACUGACAAUGUUGAAGCCGCAAGAGCAUCCAAUGUGGUGGUCCUGGCGUUGCUGGGUGACGCAGACUUCUCCCGAGCUCUGGAAGGGAAGUUGAUCAUAUUUAAGGUGGCGGGUGUUGGCAUCAGUGAGAUCGUUGAGAUCCUGUCCCGCACGACGCACACAGAACAACGACAUCACAUAGCGCGAGUUAUUCCCAGCAUUGGUGCUCAGAUUGGGGAGUCUAUGUCUUUGCUCGCCGCCGCUACUCUCUCCACGGACGACCAGAACCUCGUCUCCUGGCUUUUCAAAUUGGUUGGACGAACACUACAAGUCCCCGAGAGCUUGCUUGCCACAGCAACUGCUGUCAGUGCGGCCUGCCAUGCUCUUACCGUGGUAGCCGCUGGUGCUUUGGUCGACGGAAGCGUGGCAGAAUGA